AAAAAAAGUUUUUUUCUCAAAUCAGCCGUACAACUGCUUUUGCAUCCCUAUUUUCUCUCUGAUAGAACAACAGUCCAAUCUCAUUUCUUAAUCAACUAGGGUUUUCUUUUCUUAAUCAACUAGGGUUUUCUUCUCUCUCUUUUCCCCUUUUCAUUGUUUUUUCUAAAGGUUUAUCCUUUUGUUUUUCUUUCCGAGUCAUUUGAUUUUUUUCUUUAUUUUUUUGAUGGUUUUGUGUGAUUACUUACUGGUGUUCUCAUGUAAUGGAUUUUGACUUUUCGGGUUUCCAAACCUAUUUUUAAAUCCCUCUAUGAAUUUUGGGAAAAAAGAAUGGGUUUUGAGAUGGUAAUAGGUAUUGUUCAAAAAUAAUUGAAUUGAAUUGAAUUAUUAGAUGAUAUGGAAGUUAGGGUAAUGGGUGUAGGAUUCUUAGAAAUAUUUGUCAUCAAAAGCCGGUUUCGUCUGCGAUCGGCAUUCGAUUCAUAUUCUGUCGCAUCCGAGGCAUUUUCUGAGCAGCGUCGUUUGAUUCCAAUUGAGGUUGAACGACGUUUUUGAUAAGUGUUUUUGGAAAAUUUUAAUCAAUAUUUUUUUCCUGAGAGCUUUUUGAAUUACUAACUACAAUGACUUCUGCGAAUGAAUUUUUAGUUCCAGAUAGUUUGUUGUCUUGGAAAACAGAUCAUGUUGAAGCUAAACCUGUUGAAAAGGAUCCAACCAAUCGAUAUGUUCGGUUUGAUGAAAUAUUGGGCAGAGGAGCAUCCAAGACUGUAUAUAAGGCAUUUGACGAAGUUGAUGGAUUAGAAGUAGCUUGGAACCAAGUGAGAGUUGAUGAUAUGUUGAAAUCACCAGAUGAAUUACGAAGAUUAUACUCUGAAGUACAUCUUUUGAAGACUUUGAAACAUGAAAAUAUUGUUAAGUUCUAUAACUCAUGGGUAGAUCAUAAGAAAAAAAAUAUCAACAUAAUUACUGAGUUGUUUACUUCUGGAAAUUUGAGGCAAUAUCGACAGAAGCACAAAAAUGUUGAUAUGAAGGCUAUUAAGAAUUGGGCAAGAAAAAUUCUCCAGGGUCUGAAUUAUCUCCAUACACAUGACCCUCCAAUUAUUCAUAGAGACUUGAAAUGCGAUAACAUUUUUGUUAACGGAAACCAUGGGGAAGUUAAAAUUGGGGAUCUCGGGUUGGCGACUAUUAUGCUAAAGCCCACUGCUCAAAGCAUCCUUGGUACUCCUGAGUUUAUGGCACCGGAGUUUUAUGAUGAGGAAUAUAAUGAAUUAGUCGACAUAUAUUCAUUUGGUAUGUGUAUCUUAGAGAUGGUUACUGUCGAGUAUCCAUACAAUGAGUGUACUACUACAGCCCAAAUCUUCAAAAAGGUUACCAAGGGAAUUAAGCCAGCAUCCCUUGGAAAAGUGAAUGAUCCACAGGUUAAAGAGUUCAUACUGAAGUGUCUCGCUCCAGCUUCCAUUAGAUUACCUGCAAAGGAGUUGUUAAAAGAUCCGUUCCUCCAAGUUCAUAAUCUUAAGGAGCACACUCGUGAUCCUGUACAAUUACCUAAUCCCCCUCCUAAACCAACCAAUUUUCACAGGUCAGGAUUAUUUUCCAUGGAAAUAGACUCUGAUUACAAGCAAAUUCCAAUUAGCGCGAAAAAUAGCAAUGAGAAUUUUCAGCUUCCAGGUUUGGAAUUUAAAAGGACAAAUAAAGAAAAUGAGUUUAGAUUAAAAGGGGAGAAAAAUGAUGCUGAUAAUUCGAUCGAAUUUACUUUGCGCAUUGCCGACCCAUUGGGUAGAGCGCGAACCAUUGGUUUUGUCUUUUUCCUCGAUAGUGAUACAGUGCGCUCCAUUGCUAGUGAGAUGGUAGAAAACCUCAAGUUAUCAUAUCAAGAUGUGGCAUUUAUUGCUGAGUUUAUUGAUUUCUUGAUAAUGAAGCUUGUACCUAGUUGGAAACCAUCAAUUAGCUAUUCUUCAUGUGGAAUCCCGUACGAAAAUUCUUCUCUAUUCCGAAGUGAUCAAAUGUCGUCAGUUGUUGAUAGUUUAUAUCAAUUGGGCAUGGGAAGCCGUGAAGAAACUAGCGCCCAAGCUGACGUAGGUACCUCUAACGGAAAAGUUGAUGUUAUUACGUCUCAUGUUCAAGUUGAUUCUCAUUCUGGUUUGGUUCAUGGAGAAGAACGUGACUCUCAAUCAUCUCUUCUUUCAGAGAUAUCAGCUGAAUAUUUGAUUCCAAAUGGCUUGCACAACAAUGACAACAGAGCUACGGGUUGUUGUGAUGCUGGUGGUGUUGGUUGUUAUUUUUCAGAUGGAUGUGUCACCGAGAUGGAUGUUGCGGUUAAUGAUUCACGAGGACUUCCAAAUGUUUCGAAUUGUUCAAACAUGGAUGGAGAUAUCGAACUUAAAUCAGAGCUAAAAGCAAUCGAAUCACAGUAUCAGCAGUGGUUUCAAGAACUCGCUCAUUUGAAGGAAAAGACACUAGAGGAUGCAAAACAAAAGUGGCUCACAAAAAAGAAUCUAUUGAAUCUUUGAUUGUUGGAUUUGAUGAAUAAGAGGUUUCCUUGUUAUUGAAGAGUUCUUCUCUGAAUUUUCGGUCUUUUCUUUUCUUUCCUUUUACCAUGUACAGGUUACUGUUUAUUUGAUUGUCCCUUACCUUGGAAUGUUUUGUAUUUGGAAUGUUUUGAAAGAUGAUUGUCUGGUUCUCGGGA